AUGUGGUUCUCAAACUCCAAGGUGUCCCACUCAGCUAAUUAUGGUAAAUUGUUGUAUUUAGAGCAGUCUGUUUUGCAGAUGGGCUUCAAACAGGAAUUGGUGAAGCAAGCAAUCCAUCAUUGCAUGGGAUGUGAUCAGCACACCUUAGGAGUUGAAAACCUGGUGGACUACAUGAUUUCCCUUGAAGAACGCCAACCUGAUGUGACUGAGCUGAAGCAAAAUUACCAUUCCACGCAAGAGGCAAACUAUAGAUCUCAUGAUGAGGCAAUGACAAUAGUCACAAAAAGUAGCUCAAUGUCAACCACAACAAUGUCCACAGCAAUGGAUCCAGGGACGAGUCGUGGAAGUAGAGGAUCCUUAGAAAAAGGGGACCACUUGGCUAAGAAAUCAACCAAGGCCAGAAUAAGGGAGAAUGUGGUCAAUGCCCCUCCCAAGAAGCUGAAAAAAAAAGAGUCAACAGAGGGAAGAAGGAAGAGGGUUGGAGAGGAGAGUUCAUCAGAAUCGUUUCUCUGUAAAGUGUGCCUAGAGGAAGAAAUGGGGAUUGUCUUUCAGCCAUGUGGGCACCUUAUGACAUGCCCCAAGUGUGCUAGUUCUCUGACCACAUGCCCCCCAUGCAAGGAUGACGUCCACAGAGGCAGUUUCGCCAACUUCACUUCGAAACUUCAAUUCGAUCGAGGUCGGUUAGUUGGCAUGAUGGUGGCUGGGGACGGGCCAAAGGACUUCUUUGAGGACUGUGUACCGGCGUGCAAUCCAGCUGGGACUGCGAGAAUCUACAUCCUCAAAUACCAGUCAUCCCUGGGCGUCGUGAUGCGAGGGCGGCCUGAUCCUCGUUGCCGUUCAUGGGAGUCUCUCGUCAACUGUGUUCAGACCAUGACGCAGUGGUCUCUUCUGGCCUGCCUCUUCACACUUCUCGCAGGGCAAGGGAUAUCCCUUAACCGCGGGACGAGGGUGGGAGGCCUGGGGGGAUUGAGUCAGGGGCUCUUGCCGGACCUCGAUCGUCCGUCCGUCAGCCCGCUCUGCCGGAAUCACACCAGCUUCUUCCUCCAAGACCUCAAUUCCGGCAAUGCCUCGACGUGGUCCCUGCUCAUGGCGGAUGCGAGCGGGAAGAUCCCUGCGGGGUACCUCAAGGGGAACGUGUUCUCUGUGGGGAAUUUCGACGAGUGCCUCAAGGUUUCUGUGAAUUUCGAUGAUGGGUACAGAUUCCUUGGGAAGCACUGCCUCGCCCAGAUCUUCGCGGCGACGGAAGGACGGAAAACGCUUGAUGUCCAUCAAAGAUGGAACGCUCUGGGACCGAAAUCCGCCGAACUCAGUGCAGGAUUUGGAGGAAAUCCUCUGUUAACGAUCGGAUUCUGCAUCCCCAACAGCUGCUCCUCUGACGACCUAAAGGUUUCUCUAGACGAAACCCUGGCGAAUUUUUCCCUCUCGUCGCAAAUCAUGAGCUGCGACGACUCUGUUCGCGAUCCCUUGAGUUCUGCGGAAAUCGGAGUGACGAUUCUCCUCGUCCUACUUGCAGUUUACAUGGCGUCUGGAACAGCCCUUGACAUCUUCCAGCAGACUUCCGGUGCCAAGAAGUUUGAAGGAAAGGCGGCACGGGCCCUUUUGGCGGGGUCCAUUUACACGAACGGGAAGAAGCUGCUGUCCACAAACGCAGGGAAGGACAACAUCGGAUGCCUCAGUGGAAUCAGGUUCCUGACGAUCACGUGGGUGGCAAUGGGGCACGUACUCAGCUUGAAGCUUCUCUACACCCCGAGCGUAAACCCGAUGGCUGCCCUCGAGGUAUCGAAGGACUGGAAGCUGACGACGAUCACGAACGGGACGGUGUCGGUGGACACUUUCCUCCUCCUCAGUGGCCUCCUCGUCACCUACCUCCUCCUCAAAGAACUGGAAAGGAACAAAGGGAGAUUCAACAUCCUCCGAUUCUAUCUCCAUCGAUAUCUCAGGUUGACGCCGGCCUUGGCCCUGUGGAUUGGAUUCACGACUGCCUUCAUCGACCGAUUCGCGUCCGGGCCUUUCUAUCUCUUCAUCCGAUUUUUGACAGACCCUUGCAAAGAUUACUGGUGGAGGAAUGUUCUCUACGUCAAUAAUUUCUUCAAACAGGAGGAACUGUGCUCCUUGCCGACGUGGUACCUGGCUAACGACAUGCAGAUGUACAUCGUUUCUCCUCUUUUCAUCGUGCCGCUCUACUUCUGGCCAAUCACCGGCGUGGUAGUGCUGGUCGUCUCGCUUGCACUGAAUGCCCUUGCCACGGUGCUGGUGCUGAAACGUUACGAUCUCUUCGGAACGGAAUAUGGAUACGUGAUUGCCAACCCUCUCGGGAACUCGGAUAACUUCAAUUUGUACUAUGUGAAGCCCUGGAUAAGACUGGGUCCAUAUCUGGUAGGAAUCCUCACUGGAUUCCUUCUCUAUAAGAUGAAGAAGACGAGAUUCAGGUUCCCCAAGGGGGCAGCGGUGUGGGGAUGGGCGAUGGCGACAGCGUGUAACCUCGCCGUGCUCUACGGUAUCAGCGACUACAUGGCCCUGGAUUCUGGUCCCAUGCCCCGGAUCCCUCAGCUCGCCUACAACGCCCUCUUUCGGAUAGCCUGGGCCUGCGGCGUCGCUUGGGUCAUCCUCGCAUGCGCCGCCGGCAGCGGAGGUCCCGUCGACGCAAUUUUGAGCUGGAAGGCGUUCAUCCCUCUCGGACGACUCACCUAUUCCGUUUACCUCACUCAUUUCUACGUUAUCACUUGGUUCCUCUGGAGGCGACAAGAGCCAGAAUGAAGGCGACCCCGUGACUCAAGUGAUAGACCUCUUCUCUACGCUCGUCUUGAGUCACGGGGUCGCCUUCAUUCUGGCUCUUGUCGCUGAAUCCCCGGUGCUGGGACUCGAGAAGGUCUUCCUAUUCCAAGGUCCCUCGAAGCCAUUGACUGACGCUCCAGCCAAAAAAGUCAGUAUCGAUGGUUUGACCAACGGAGCGCACGACCCGACGUGAAGGUUCCAGUCUUGAUCCAUGGAAAGUCUGCGGUCACAAUGAGGAAAGUUCAUGGGAAAUAUAUGACAUUGCGCAC